UGACACGACUCUCAUGCAUAGUUUAGAUGCAAGUCUUCUGGCUUCAUGCGUACCUAGUACUAGAAAUGUCAUGGAGGGCCCCCUUCUUAUGGAAAAUGAUAGCGAAAGCAUAGACAUCUCAAGCCUUAAGCGAGCUGUUCUGCGACCCUUACAAUCGGCGCAUGAACAGCCAGAUUCACAACUCAGUCUGUUCGCGCAGCGUGAGUUUGCCGCCGUCGACACCACUUUGGCACAAUUAUCGCCUCGCCGACCUGCCCAGCAACACACCACCGUCGCAUCACCAAAUCUAGACAGCCUGCCAGAACUCGGCAGCACUGUCGCUGAGUCCGACGUCCUCAAUGUCGAUAGCCAGCCCGUGUCCGAGCCUACACCUACGAACGCCAAAUCAAAAUCGGCAGCCAGUGUGCGGAAGAUGACAAGUCAAGGGAGUGAUGAUCCAACGCAAGAGCUGUCACAAUCACUCUAUACCACUCUCCUGCAGAAUAGAAGUCGAAGCGAAGUUCAGUUGCCGACUGAUCAAAAUGGCGAAGAAGCCGAGGGCGAAUCUCAGAAGUCGCUCCACGAGGGGAUGGAGGGCCAUAUCGAUCUGCUCUCGAGUUACCCGAAGGAUGGAGAGGAGGAGGCCGAUUCGUCCCCAGUCGACUUCUCGCCGACUCAGAGCCAGCACGCUCUUUCCCAAUUCCCUGAGUCUCAACGUUUCAAAACCCCGGCUACAGCAGGAAAGAAGAGAAGGUACGAUGGAGCCAUCAUUGAAAGUCCAGAUCUACCACGAAAUCCACUACUCCGAAAUGGCACGGAGAAUCAUGCCAAUGUCAUAGGCUUGAGCCAGGCAUUUGCAGCAACACAAGCAAACACUUCUCCCUUCCUUCCAGAUGCCAAUGGAAUGUUACCAUCCGACAGACCAUCUCCGAGUAUUGAGCUCCAGCCUCGGCCUAUGACGGCUGUGAGCUCCUCGCCUAUGCGACCCAUCUACGCCUUUCAAAGAGCAUCAACGGAGCCUGCUUCUCGGUAUGUCUCCGUUCGUGAAGAACAGGCCGAGCGGGAUAGACAAGCUCUCGCGAGGAGACAAGAAAUCCUGGACACUGAUGACUUCUCUGACGAUGGACUUGGGCUUGAGCCGAGUCCCGUGGCAAGAGACCGACGGCAACGCGAGAUCGAGCUGCGGCUUCAGGCCAAGAUGCAACGACUAUCCUCGCCCUCCAGGCAUUGCAAGCGCGGUCCUUCUAUGUCCAAAUCGUCUCCGAUACGGCCACCCACUCGGGCGUCCCCAUUAGACAAUCAUUCGGCGCGAAGUACCAGAUUCCUCGAUCGGUCAAGCCCAUCCCGAAGAAAACGACGUAUUGCAUCCGACGAUAGCGAGGAGGAAACAGAACAGGAAGAUAAUGCCGACAUAGCCGUGGCUAGGUCAAGUCAAGCACUGGUGCCUUUGGAUGAAGAAGACAAAGAGAACUUCCUGGGGAAUGGAAGCCAAGUGCCUGAAACAACAGCCAGACUGAUCCGCAUUACGAACGGGCCAUUAGGUCUUCUUGAAGACAGCCCAUCUCUGAGACAUGGCCGACCUAUCGAUGCUGACAACCAGAUGCCGGUGCUGCACAGCUCUCAAUUCUUCGCUGUAGCAGAUUCUCAGGCGUCACAGACCAGAAGAACGGUGCAGAAGGCAGCUCGUGUGCUUGACUCCUCUCCUGUGGACGAAGUAAUCGACUUGGUCCCUCAGUCUCCAACAUCGCCACCUCGACAGAACGAACCAACUAAUGAAGUUAAUGGAGUCAACAACGCGGACAAACUUGCGCCACCCGACACUCUUCUACUCGCUUCGCCCGGUCUGCCGUUGGGCUCUUCCAGCUCUCAAGACCAGCAACAUCGGCGGAGUACUAUCCCAGAAACCAGCUCAAACGAGCAGCAAUCAUCAUCCAAAGCGACAACAGUUCACCACGACGAAGGACAUAGACCCGGAGAGGACUCUAGUCGUAGCCGCUUCGAGACUGCCCGAUCACGUAUUCCGUCAUCAACAGAGGCUCUUGAUCAACAAGCGGCCGUUGAUCCAAGUGUCCCUCCAGAGAGUUCCACCCCUACAACUCGCAAACGGCAGCGCAUGUUAGAUAUUGCUGCUGAACCUUCACCUCUAAAGUCUCAAGUCAGCUUCAACGCCACCGAAGCUCUUCAAGUAGAUGCCGACUUCCAAAGUCCUGGGAGACGGACGCCACUCCUGAGAACGCCGGAUUCGAGUCAAAGUAAGACGGCAAGACGGCGUCCUUCCUCUCCAGUAAGAGCAAGGUUCGAGGAUGAGCGAAUCGAUCAGCCCGUUGGCGGAGGCAACAGGCAGCAGGGACCAUUGAACACAGGUGCCCCUGCCAGCCACCCUCCCAAUCCAAGAGGUACUGUCCCUGCCACUGGGCUUGCGAUUUCUUCUUCGAAGCUUUCUCGAAAAACCCCAAAGUCAAUCUCCGUUGUAGCCGAGAUGGCGAACACCAACGGGCAAGCAGCAGCCAAUACAAACCGACUUUCGCAAUGGGAACUUGACGCAUCCCCUCCGACGAAGCCAGCGCCGGUGAGCAAACCAGGCCUUUCUUUGAAGCGAAAAGCAAAGGAGCUGGAUUCUUCGAGAGGCGAGGAGGCCAAUAUCUCCACAAAACGACAAAGAAGACCCACAGAGAAGGCUGCUCAGAGUAUGGCUAUAAGCAUCAAUGCCGACAAUGGUGCAGAAAAGCCCAGUGCUCAUGUGCCUCCAAACGAAAAUCCACGUGCCCAAACAAUUCAGAUGGUCGAACCCGAUCUGGAUACUUCGCUCGUGGCUCCUAACAUGGUAUUUGCUUGUUUCAAUGGCAAAACCCGCGCCUACUAUCCCGCUUUAUGCCUGGGACCCUCACUUACAGACCCUGCUCGUUACCUCAUACAGUGGGAAGGCUAUGCUGCGGAAGAAAUCGACGAAUAUGGCAUAAAGAGUCUCGAUUUGCGCGUUGGCGACCAAGUCAAGGUCAAUAUGCAGGGCUUCCCGAAAUUGUCAUAUGUCAUCAAAGGGUUCAAAGAUAAAAUUGGUCAACGUGCUGCAGUGGACGACGUUCAGCCAACGACCGAUAUUCGAGGAUACAAGACUCUCCUCGUUGCGCCAAAGCAGCGCAAAAGUCUGCCUGCUGAGGUAUCCACGGAGCUGGUCAAGGACGUUCCAGUCUCUUCAAUCUACCUGGACAGCAACAUGUGGGGGCAGAUGAAAGACCGGCCAUACGAGUACAAGCCUUUGGUACACAAGGUGUCGCCGUUUGGCAGCUCAACGCCUGUCGAACGAAGUUCGACUCCCAGCACUCCACCUUCGAGAAACCGGAGAGGUGCGGCCGUGGCAGUACCCGUCACAGUCUCGAUAAACCUGGCUGACGGCAUAUUUACCAACAUGGCAUUCGCAGUUACCUACAAGUCCGCCACGCGCAGAACCAAGCUUGAACACCUGAUCCGAAGUCAGGGUGGUCUGGUCUUACAAGGCUCUUUCCUUGAUCUUUUGGAAUCCGAAUCCACGGAACUCAAACCACAGUUCUCCGGUCUGGCUUUUACGGCGCUUCUGACAGACAAGCACUCACGCAAGAUCAAGUACAUGCAAGCAUUGGCGCUCGGUGUCCCGUGUCUCAGUGGUAGAUGGAUCGAAGCAUGCUGCCAAGCGGACGAUCUCCUCGACUGGACCACCUACCUCUUGCCGGCAGGGGAGACAACAGAACUAGACGGGGCGACCAAAUCGAGGAUCCUGCCUUUCGGUCAAGCCUUGGGGGCUCUCAAGGUCAAAGACAUGUUCGCCUUGAGGCCGAACGUUUUCAAUGGCUCACGUGUGGUCGUCGUCACAGGCCGCAAGACCUCCGAGGAGCGCAAAGAAUACUUGCUCCUCAUCCGCGCGCUUGGUGCUGGACAGAUUGAGACAGAGCCGGAUCUCAACGCUGCCAAGGCGACAGUUGAGCGGUCUUGUUCUGAUGACGUGGUCGAGGCACUCCGAUGGGUGUUUGUGGACAAUCUAGACGUUGAUGCCGCAAAGACAAUGUUCACAUCAUCCGGAUUUGGGGAAAAGGGUCGGAAGAAGGCUAGGUUCACCAAAUCCGAGGAGCGUCCGGCGCCAGGUAUGGACGUCAAAGUCAUGUGCAAUGAGGACAUCGUGCAGACCCUGAUCUUGGGCAAGUUGUGGGUGGGCUGAAUCUCAAUUGGGAGGAGACAGGCAUGAGACGCCUUGGGUGUUGCCAACCGUAGAAUAUUGGACAGCUGUAGGAAUACGAUCACGUGUACGACGAAGUAAACUGAACCUGUCAAGGAAAAGUCCUAGCAGAGCACUACGCU